CGAAAGGACACAAUGUGACUGCUAACUGUUUAGUUGCGCUGUGGGAGCCAAUGCAAGGGAAUCUGCUGCCGCGCGGUAACUGGACUUGUACUUGUUUGAAGUGGAUCAUUCCUCAAGGGAAAUAGAAUGAAUGCCGGGGAAAGGCUGGAGGAAAGUAAAGCUGCAGACAGAAGCCUGCAGAUGGGAUCGAGUGUGAUUUCCUCAGAAAUUAUGACAGAAGUUGGUCAGCAACCCCUCAACCUGACAGUGAACAAUUCUGGUGGAGGGAGGAAGGUCUUGGAAGAAAGCAGCUGGCAGUCUGUACCAAUCAAAAUGGAAAGAAUGGAAGAAACAGAAGCGAGCACCGUAAAUGAUGUGCAAGACUUUGAUAUUUACAGUGCCAUGGAGUGGAAGAAUGGAGUGGGGUCCUUGCCUGGCAGUGACUUAAAGUUUCAAAUGAAUGAAUUUGGAACCCUGGAGAUUAUCACCAAUGAAGAACAGGCUGCUGAACCCAGUGAACAGAGUUCUGCUGAAUCUAUGGUCGGAAUGAGGAAUGCAUACAGUGUUGCUUCUAAUACACAAGAAAUUGUUUCUGAAGAUAUUUGCACUAAUGAUCUGUCUAACACACAAGGCACCUGCUGCUGUGAAAACUGUGGAGGAUAUGGGACAAUGGGCAAGUUCAAUAAAUGUGACCGUUUCUGUGGCACAAAUUAUAAGCAGCUGUAUGAAAAUGAACAGUCUGUUAUGGACCAUGCACUUGUGAAGCAAAAUGCUAGUGUAAUAUUGAAACGGACGAAAAAGCGAAAGAGGAAAGUGAGUGUUAACCCAAGAGAAGAAUUUGAUGAAGAUUUUGAAGAUGACUACAUGGAAGAAGUACAGAGUGAUGAGAAAAUGAAGAUAAAAGUGUCUUCAGUCUUGACAGAACACAGUCGCUUCAAAAACAGUGGACAAUCUGACCCAGAUUCCAAGCUUUCUAAACAGGCUGUUCCACUCUCUGGAAGGAAAAAGUCCUGGUCGUGGGUGAAGUAUCUGGGAGAAGAAGAUGCCUUAGCUGCACCCCCAAAGCUGUUUAAUGAGUUUCAAUUAGUUCCCCAGAACAAAAAUGGAUUUAAAGUAGGCAUGAAGCUGGAAGGUAUUGACCCGCGACAUCCCUCCAUGUUCUGUGUGCUGUCAGUUGCAGAGGUAUGCGGUGUUCGCCUGAGGCUCCACUUUGACGGAUAUUCUGAAUGUUUUGAUUUCUGGAUUAACAGUGACUCACCUGAUAUCCAUCCAGUGGGAUGGUGUGAGAAGACCAGCCACAAAUUGUAUCCUCCUAAAGGCUACAAGGAAGAGGAGUUUAACUGGGCAAGCUAUUUGAAAAACUGCAAAGCCCAAGCAGCACCAAAGAAUCUAUUUAAAAUUCAGAAUACAACAAUCACUCCUUCAGGAUUUCGAAUAGGAAUGAAGCUGGAGGCGGUUGACAGAAAGAAUCCCUCCCUGAUAUGUGUUGCAACAGUCACAGAUAUAAUUGACCAUCGUUUUUUGGUGCAUUUUGAUAACUGGGAUGACACGUAUGAUUACUGGUGUGAUGCUAGUAGCCCAUAUAUUCACCCAGUGGGCUGGUGUCAAGAACAAGGCAAACCACUUACUCCUCCUCAAGGCUACCAUGAAAAUUUUUCGUGGAGGAAAUACCUCGAAGAUCUGGGUGCUAUAUCAGCUCCAGCCCGUGCUUUCAAAAUAAGGCCAUCCCAUGGUUUCCAAGUGAAUAUGAAACUGGAAGCUGUGGACAAGCGUAACCCAAUGUUGAUCCGUGUUGCAACAGUCGCAGAUACAGAUGAUCAGAGGAUCAAGAUUCAUUUUGAUGGAUGGAGUCAUCAUUAUGAUUACUGGCUUGAUGCAGAUCAUCCUGAUCUUCACCCUGCUGGAUGGUGUGCCAAAACAAAUCACCCGCUGCAACCACCACUUAAUUCACAAGGCUUUGUUGCAGCUCCAACUCCAGGAGGAUGUCCGACACCUGGAUGCAUCGGUGUUGGGCACAUCAAAGGUGCCCGAUACACGGGUCAUCACAGUGCCUUUGGAUGCCCCUAUUCAGAGCUCAACAUGAAGAAGGAGUCAAUAAUUCACGACAGAUUAGGAGGAGAGAAACAGAUGACUCUUGUUCCCAUUCCUUUUGUUCCAAGAACUAAACGUCUUGAUAGUAAUGGUUCAAGUGGGAAGCCAGAGGGAAGUGUUAAUGACGCAAGAAAAUGUCCUACUCCCGGUUGUAAUGGGUCUGGUCACAUAACUGGAAAAUACACGGCACACCACCGACUCUCAGGUUGCCCUCUAGCUGAACAAAACCAGCUCAAGGUCAAAAUAGAGCCACAGGACAAUGAGGGGCCCGCUGACAAUAAAUCAGUAUUAUCAUUCAUUCAACGCAAAAGGACCAAACAGCAGAGCAGGCUAACUCGACCAGCAAAAUAUUUGAAAAUCAAAGAGAAUGCAGAUGAUAUGGACCUACACAGUCUACUCAAAGAUCUUUCCUUUGACACUAUGCAGCAAGCUCUCCACCAGUCUGUUUUCAUGUCAACCAUUUCCGCUCACCCUGUUCGUGAUCUCCCCCUUUGCUGGGAGCAGCACUGCAAACUACUGCCCAGCGUGCUGAACUUCCAAGCCAGCAAGGUGUCCAAGUGGACUAUCGAUGAGGUUGCAGACUUUGUGCAGACUCUCCCUGGUUGUGAACUACAAGCAAAAAUCUUUAAAGAAGAGCAGAUUGAUGGAGAAGCAUUCCUGUUGCUGACACAAAUGGAUAUAAUUAAGAUCAUGAGCAUCAAAUUAGGCCCAGCCCUGAAGAUUUACAAUUCCAUUUUAAUGUUUAAGAAUUCGGAAGAUGACUUGGAAUAGAUAUUGAAGAUUUCAAAGGACAGUUGCUGAAUAAUGGUAUCUUUUAUGAUAAUUAAUCUCUAGUUAUGAAGGCACAUAAAACUGUAGAUCAUUUUAUCAGCAAGAGUAACAGGGUACACAAAGAUAUUAUGAGUUAUUGCUGAAUUAAAGAAAUGUUACUUAUAAAUACUUGUUCAGAAAUUAAGAUGAAGUCAAUAAAUUGUGCAUUAAUGGGAGAUGAUCCAAUUGGAAGUUGUAUGUAUAUGGUGGACAUGUAAAACAUUUUCCAUGCUUUUGAGAGCAAAUCAUAAUUUUACAACAUAAAAAGCAAAAGUAUAUUACUGCCUGUGAGAUGACAUGUUUUAAAUACAACAUGAUACAUGCACUUUAACAGGGUUACCCUGGACUUGGAGUACAGCAAGAGAUGAUUACAAACUAGAGCACAAUUAAUCACAUUGAAAUAAACAAAAAUUUCACAUCAGUCCUAUUUGUAAACAUAUCUUUUAACUGUCUUAUGCCAUGUAGAUAGUGAAAUAUCUUGCAAAUGUAGCUAGUCAUUUACUACUCCAACCUUUAACUUAUUUGACUGCUUCAACUGAACAACAAUAUAGCAAAAGGUCCUCCCUACUGACGGUAGCCCAUGUGAUGCCAGCCUGUCUAUUCACUCCGAUCUUGAUACUCCAACAAAAGGAACUGGAGGCAGUAAUGCUAGCAAAGUUCUUGUAUCCAUUCCAUAUUUAUUGCUGCAAAACAAACUAGGCCACUCUCUACCAUACAUACAUAAUUUGCACAUCAAGAAUGCAAAUAAAUUACAGUACAGUAUAAGCCAAAAUACAUCAGUAUGCGAUUUUGUCCACCUGGCCUGACAGAAUAAUUCAUGCACUAGUUUCUUUUAAUCAUGCAUUGUGCUGUUUGUUUGAUAAUUAUCAUUAAUAAAGGUUAUAGUUUGUAUCUUCCCAUGACUUGCAAUUCAAUAGGGAAACCAAUAGUGCCAAAACUCCAACUGAGUACAGCACAUGAAUUAUGAAACUUUCCUGUUUUCUAAUACUGUAUAUCGCAGAUCCUUUUUGUUUUCAAUUUUCAGAACAUAUUCUUGAGGCAUUUCUAUGGUAUUGAAAAUGUACUCCUGAAGGGACAAAGUGCAUUGUUAUUAUCAGUAACGUGCUCUUAAUAGGCCUUGAGCUCAGUAAUAAAUUAGUGUUUCUUUAGAAGAAUAUUUGUGUUUUGAAGUAAUGAAAUCCAACUGCAUUGAGGUGUUGCCUGCUUUUACAUUGUGGUUGUAUUAUGAUUUGCAUUCUCAAUUUGUGGAGCAGUACUGUUUUGUAUAUUAUGUUUUAAUGUAGUGAUGCGUUCCUUAUUUAUAUUUCCAGAGCAUUUAAUCAUUCCAAAAUACUAUCCCUUAUCUUUGAGAUAUUUUUUCAAAAGUAAUAUAUACAAUAUCUAUAAUGGGUAGGGCAUGUUCAUUCUCAAAUCAAAUGGUUGAUUAUAAUCCACAAAAUAUCUUGUCAGGAUGGAAUAAUUUUUUUGAAAUUACAGAGUCAGAAUACAAUAUGAUGUAUAUUAAAGUCUUAAAGUCUGUUGUCAUUUGGGAGGUACAGUGGAUGGGGAGGUGAAUGUGUUCGACACCAAGAAGCAGUGCUAUACUAUUGUUCCUUUAACCAGACUCAAUUUUUCUUUUCUGUAUAGCUUAUGAUGUAGAACACAUUCCACAUGAUUAUUGUGUUUGUUCAAAUUAUCCAAAUGUGUACAAGAAUAAACUUAAUGGCUAUAUUUGAUUUUAUACUUUUUCAAACUACAGCAUAUGGAAUUUAAAAAAUAGACCAGUUUUAACAGUUACAUCUAUUUUUGUGGUAAACCUACUUUUCUGUUUAUUUUUAAAACCAAAUUUAAAAUGGAUGUAGUUCUGCAAGAGUUUUGUAACUCUUGAGUUAAAGAAUUUUGUAAGUUAGUUUCUCUGUCUUGGCAUUAUCUAAAUCUCAAAUUUGUCUGACAAUUUGUGCCUUGUCAUUUCAUGUGCAAGUUGGUAACUAAAGAAACAAUCUAUACAAAUCAGGGCAAUUUGAAAGAAUUCUGACCUUUUAGAAAUAUCAGGAAAUAAGGGUAUAAAUAUAUUUUAAAAAGAUUAGGCUGAAACAUUAGAUAAAUUAACAAAAUUCUGGUUAUUUCUGAAAUUUACAUGUACGUAGUUUUUUUUUUUACAGACAGUGACAGAGCACAUCUUUUAUAAUAUUUAUACGAUUUAGGGUCACUGAUGUGACAGCCUAAGAAUUCUUAUAUGGCAACAUCACCAGCGACUAUAUAAUGCCCUUUGUAUUGGUCCUGACAUUGGAGGCUUCAAUAGAACAAAACCUUGGUGGCUUCAACAGUUCAAAGGAGAUGGAAAAAUAGCACGAAUGCUUUUUAUACUGUGACCGUGUUGUUGUUUGUCCAUCGUUGACGUCGAUGAGGACCUCGACACCAUAAUGAUGGUGUCGAGACUAGCGCGUCAUUUGGAUUUAAGUGAGGGAGAAUUGCGCAGCGUCAGCCUCACUCUCUCUUCCCAAUUCCCAUCUGGGUCCAGUGGCAAGACAGAGUCUAGACAGCUGGAGAUGGGACUAGGCGCAGUGGAUGACCAGGACGUCUUCUGUGUCUUGUCCUGCUCUACACGUUCCACGACACUUGCAGAGACCGCCUUCUUGACCGUUGGACCUUCCAUUGGUCUCAUCCACUCAAUCCGCCGGAGUCUGUCUUCACAUGCUGGGAUAGACAACCCCCUAUCUCACCAAGGGUUUGAGACCCGUCGGCUACCCUCACCUGGUUUAGCCGGCUUGUCGAAGCUGUUGCCUGGGGUGUGGCCGCUGUCGCAUGCAAACAGCUACGGGGAGCCACAGGUGAGAGCUGAGUGCCAGGUGGGGACCAAAGGUGGACUAACCGCCCUGAAAAGGACGCGACAUGUUCCCCCACCAGAGGUGCUACCCCUCCCUGACACUCCAUAUACCCCAUAUGUGACCGUGUAAUAUUGUCAUUAUUAAUGAAUUUCCCUCUCAGUGAACAAAGCCAUAAAAUUUCAUUCAUUCUCUUACUAAAUCCAAAACACCUCAGUUCAUCAAGCUUGCUAUAUUUGUUUGAUAGUGUCUGUUAUUUACAUGUUAAAAAUCGUUAUAAAAAAAAACUAACUUGUGCAGGGAAUGUUUAAAAAUAAUCUUUUAUUCUGGCAUGCUGUAUUUUACCUCCAAUUGCAUUUUUUAACUGUGUUAAUUCAAAAGUAAGCUUGCAUUAAAAAAUAAAGUACUGUUAAGAUUAAACUUACUGGAAUUCUAUAGACUCGAUUUCAUGAUGUAUUAGUUCUAACCUGUCAUCUAAUACACACUGUAAUCUUGGUGAAACAAUACAUGAUGUGUCCACCUUCACAGUUUUGAAUCUUUUUUUUAAGAACUUGACCAUGAAUUUUCACAGAUAGAGCAAUUUCAAGAGAUACCAGUGGAAAAUGCCAUUAGAUGCUGUUGCUUCUGAGAUUCUACAGAGACAAAACAAAAUCAUACAAAAGGUGGAUGCAGUUCCGGCACUCUGAUAACAAUGAAUAUUACUAAAGCUCAA